AUGGCCGCUGUGCACAGAAGAAUCAGAAGAAAUCGUAGACGUCGAGGGUUGUUGCCACAUCCAAGAGUGUUUAGGGACCGUGGAAAUCCUUUAGAAGAUUUGGAAGAAGAAGAAGUUUACCAGAGAUACAGAUUCCGUCCACAAACUGUACUGUUCAUUACCGCUGAGCUUCAUGACACUUUGGAAUCAGACACAAAUAGGAACCAGCCCAUUCCUGCUCUCCUCCAAGUGCUAUUUUUUUUAAGAUUUGUGGCAACAGGAGCUCAUCUCAGACUGGUAGGAGAUAGCUUAGGAGUUUCUGCGUCAUCUGUAGGCAGGACAGUCAAGUGUGUUGCAUCUGCACUUAUCAACAUCCUCUGCAGGAGAUUCAUCACUUUUCCAACAGGAGAGAUGGCAUUAAGAGUGAAGGAAGGCUUUAGAAGAUUGGCAGGUACGCUAGAAGUUGAUUAUCUGUGA